CAACCCCGAUUACUAAAAAUAGAGCGACUUAAUUAAAUUAGCAUUUCUUUUUACCAUUCACUAUGCAGCUGGUUUUUCCCAAAAUCGAACUUUGAUGUUGAGAGAUCAUAUGUAUUGAUGUAAAGAUCAUUUGAAGUUGUUUUUUGCUUCAAAUUGUAAUUCUGAAUAUAAAGUUCUUAAGUAGUAACUAGUAACAUAUACUUUGUUGUCAGACAUGUGAUCUGUAUUAUUGGCAUUACUAUUGUUCGAUAUUGUGAAUCACGAGUUCACAACCAACAGAGAAAGGGUCUCCGAUUAAAUUGAUUAAUCCAAUCUUGCUGGCUGUAGUAUAAAUUGCAAUAAAACCAUAUUUUUGCUGUACAGCUUGCUGCUGCUGCUUCCGAAUGAAAAUAUGUGCUAUAUGCUUGAGGACCCUGAGAUCAGGACAUGGCGAAGCUAUUUUCACCGCUGAGUGUUCCCACACAUACCACUUCAAUUGCAUCACGGAGAACAUUGUACAUGGAAAUCUCCGGUGUCCCAUUUGUCGAGCUGAAUGGAAAGAGAUCCCAUUUCAAGCCCCUUCUAAUGUGCCUGACCUGCGACAUAAUAACUUUGGGCGGGCUGGAGUGUCUCCCUAUAAUGGCUCUCCUGUAGAUGUCUAUGCUUCUGGAGCCCGUCAUGACCCGUUACCAUCAAAUCCACCCCACCUAGAGCCUGAUAUCUUCUCAGAUGAUGAAGCACUCCCAACUAUCACUGCAGCCCCCGACUCAAGCUGCAACUCUCGGGCUAUUACUCUUAAGGCCUUUCCAGAAUAUGAAGCUGUUUCUACUUCAGAUUUUGUAUCUAAGUUUGCUGUUCUUGUGCGUAUUACGGCACCACCACUUCACAAUGAUGCUCAGUGCCUCAAUCGUGCACCCGUUGACCUUGUCUUGGUGCUGGACCUUAGUGGCAGCAUGAGUAGCAAGCUUUCACUUCUCAAGCGGGCUGUCCACUUCAUUAUACAAAAUUUGGGCCCUUCAGAUCGACUUUCACUUGUGACAUUCUCUUCGACAGCUAAAAGAAUUUUGCCCCUCCGAAGAAUGUCUGACUCUGGCCGUGAAGAUGCCAUUAAUGCAGUAAAUCGUCUUUAUUGCUGUGGGGGUACUAAUAUUGUUGAAGGACUCAAGAAAGGGAUUCGGGUUCUGGAAGAAAGGCGUGAACGCAAUCCAGUUGCAAGCAUUACCCUCCUGUCUGAUGGGAAGGACACAUACUCCCUUAGUUCCAAAAACCAAUGCAACAGUGAGCAUAAUCUGGAUUCUUCAAAUCCAAGUCAGAAAUUGGAUUAUGUGAAACUAUUGCUUGCUUCCAUUUGUUGCAGCAACGCAGCAUCCAGAGAUGAGUCCCAACAACCAAUAAUCCCAGUUCACACUUUUGGUUUUGGUUCUCAACAUGAUUCCACCACAAUGCAUGCUAUAGCUGAUGCAUCGAGUGGCACAUUUUCUUUUAUUGAGUCCAUUGACAUAUUACAAGAUGCUUUUGCAAGAUGCAUUGGUGGCUUGCUCAGUGUUGUGGCUCAAGACGUCAGAAUCACAAUCAAGUCUGUAUCACCUGGAGUUAACAUUGGAUCUAUACCUUCAGGAAGAUAUAAGAGUGAAAUUAUUGAUCAAGGACAGCAAGGUGUUGUUGACAUUGAAAAUUUAUAUGCAGAUGAGGAGAAAGAUUUUCUGAUUUAUCUUUCUAUUCCUGUAUCUUCUAAUGUUGAAGGCGAGCAAGGGUCAAAACCCUUGUCUUUGCUGGAUUUGUGCUGUUCACACAAAAGUUGUGUUUCCAUGGAGACGGUACAGGUGGAAGGUGAGAGAGUUCAUAUAUUACGACCCUCGUUUUUAUCUCCUAUGGACAAGAUAGUAUGCUUAGAGGUUGAUCGGCAGAAAAAUCGUCUCUUGGUGGCAGAAGCUAUUGCAAAUGCACAAGCAAUGGCUGAAUUGAGAGAUUUAGAUGGUGCUCAGGCUGUGCUGGCAGAGCAGAGAUCAGCCCUAUCAACUUCAGCAUCAGCGCAAGCAGGGGAUGCUCUCUGCAAUUGGCUUGAAGCUGAGCUACGAGAAAUUCAAGAAAGGAUGACAAGUGUCCAAUUGUAUGAGCAAACAGGGCGUGCAUAUGCACUUUCAGGGUUGAGCUCACACUCCUGGCAGCGAGCCACAACUAGGGGUCAGACUGUCAUUAUUAGUGGGCAUGGUGGGAACUCAAAUACAAACACAACAACAAGCUAUGAAACACCUUCUAUGGUUAGCAUGGUGUCAAAGUCACAGGUUAUCAACCUUGCACAUGGUGCGCAAUCACGUCGACUGAACAAGUCGAGCAGCUUGAGUCAAACAUGUUAGAUAAAGGUUUAAUUUCACAUGAGUAGGCCAAUUUUUUCGUUGGGGAAUUUAACAUGGGGUUGAAGGGUUCAAUCCAAUCACAGUUAGCCUUUUGCUCUUUUUAAGCUGGUUAUUUACUGCUUUUAAUGUUGAUUCUUUUGGGGUGGUUUAUAUUGUGCCUAGGUUGAAUAUUACCAGAAAAUGUUAUUUUGGUCUGUGCAAGGAGAAUCAACUCAAAGCGUCAUACAAUUGUGGGGAUCUUUACGACUUAUAGCCGACUGUUUUGGGUUCAAUCCUUUCGUGGGUGAAAUGAAAUAAAUGCAGAUAGUUUACCAAAAUAUGGAUAUUAUAUACACUGCUUGUAGAACAAUAGUUGCACUCUCUUUUUAAUGCAUCAACAUAGUUUUUAUGUUGAUUACAAUGUCUAUGAACAGAGUUGUUAGC